AUGCAAAAACUUGAACUUGAACUUGACCGCGUGACUCAGGAACGUCAGAGCCCGAGACUGGCCCAGUCACAGCUGAGAGAAGCCCUUGAAGAGAGUCGGGACCAAGUGGGUGUGCAUGGGGGUCCCAGGCUGAGAGGGGUCAGCCUCGCCUCUGACCACCUGCAUGGGACUCAUCUGGCCAAGGGUGUCACGGGGCUGGCUGAGGUCACACGGCUGGGGGGGCGCCCUCCAGGCCCAGGACUCAGUCAGGCCCCGUCCACGGUCAGGUGGAACACGUGUGAACCGUGUGAAGAGCUGUGCCUGUUUGCUCCCGAGGGCAGGAGUCCAUACAGCUCCUCUGGGUGUGCCCUCUGCAGGUUGAGGGGCCAGGGAGCACAGCAGGUGGCCUCCGAGGCUCAGGCCGUGGGCGGUGCAGCCCCCGAAGUGACCAGCUCCUGGCCCCCAGCGGAGCCCAGGUGUCACACGCCUGUGGCUCUGUAUGGAGCCACCCAAAGGCUGUGGCUGGCCCGGUCCCAGCACGCCCAGCGGGUGUGGCAGCGGCAGGAGGAGAUGGCACAGCGUGUGCCCGCACGCCGCGUGGCCGAGGAAGCACAUGAAAAACAGCUGAAAGCAACAGAAGAGCAGGUGGAGGAGGUGGAGAUGAUUUUGAAGAACAUGGAAGUGCUCCUCCAAGAGAAAGUGGGUGAGCUGAAGGAACAGGAGCCUGGUUCUCCCAGCGUGUUCUCUGCUCCCUUGACAGGCACCCCUUCCGAGUUCUCUGCUCCCAGCCGCCCGCCCACCUCGGGGCCCGUCUCAUUCUUCAGCGCGGCCCUUGGUUCCCCAGACUGGUCUGAAUGCGUGUGGAGGAAUAUGAAGGGAGAGCUGGUGGCGUGGCGUUGCGUGCCUGAAUUAGACGUGCAGUACACUGUGGCUUUCGCCCCUCUCCAGUUUGAAAAGAACACACAGUCAGAUCUGCUGCUUAAGGAGCUCUUUGUGGAAAAUGCCCACCUGACAAAAGCAUUUCAAGUCACUGAAGAGAAGCAACGAGGCACCAAGAAAAAAAUCCCGAUUCUUGGAAGGAAAAG